UGUGAGAGAAUAAAGCAGAUUCUGCUGACAGACCGCAGACAGUUCAGAAAGGUUUCCUGUUCCGGAUUUGAAGAAACUGUUGCUUUAAACAGUUUUACUGGCUCUCGUUCAGUUUUAAUUUACAAGCCAAACAGAAUUAAUUUUCUCAGUACUAUUUUAAUCCAUCAGGCCAGUGCUGCAGAAAUGCAUCACUUCACUUCCAUGAUAUUUUCACUGCUAGUUAUUUUUGGGCUGCAGGUGAGCGUUCAGGCUGGAGAAAGACGUUUUGAGCGAAGCAUCAACAGACAUUACAUAUCAGAGCUGACUGUGCCGAAUGGAGGGAAAUGGGGCUCGUGGGGUGAGAGGGAAAUGUGUCCAAGUGGAACAUAUGCUGCAGGGUUCAGUCUAAAGGUGGAAGAUCCUAUUCAAGGGGAUGACACUGCAAUCAACGGGAUUCGCCUUCACUGCGUUGAUGCGUCUAAAGCGUCAUCAAACUCACAUCAUGACUACGCCUCAGUUCAGUCAGAUGUAGGCAGCUGGGGUCAGUGGAAAGAUAUCAAAUGGUGUCCUUCUGGAUUUUUGACUGAUUUUCAGCUGAGAGUUGAAUCUCCUCAAGGAGAUGGUGACGACACGGCCGCAAACAACAUCCAGUUCAGAUGCAGUCAAGGGUUUUUAAUGGGUGACGGCGCACCCUGGGGUGAUUGGGGCAGCUGGAGUCAAACAUGUGAUGGAAAAGGGAUCUGUGGUAUCAAGACACUGGUAGAAAAGCCACAAGGACGAGGAGAUGACACCGCUCUCAAUGACAUGCGCAUGUACUGUUGCGCUUAAGGUGUUAGAGGACGACAACAAGAACAACAAGAAGAUCAGAUGGAUCAUAAUAAUUGAUCAGCAUACUGUUAUGAGCUCACAUGAACCAUGUCAUACAACAGCCAGUCAUUAUCACAAAAUAAAGCCUGAGAUGUGAUCAGGACCUCAACACAGAGCAAAGGCCGACUGUACAUCAUCUCACUUAUUGUGUCGUAUCAGUUCAUGCAUUUCACCAUCCAUGAACUCCAUACUCUUCAUUAACUGUAAAGCUGUAAACCUUUGUUUUGAGGGCAUAAUAAUGUCCCAACAUCUAUUAAAAUAUGAAUUUAACUUGAAA